CUUUGCGUCUCAAAAACGCGCCGAGUAACCGCGGAUUACAUUCUCAUUUUGUAUACAAAAUUUUGUAAUAAAGUUUACUAAAUUAUUUGUUGUAAAAUUGUUAUUUACACAAUAUAAGUUUUUAAAAUUUUGCAUUACUAGAUGGAAGAACAGAAAAAUACUUCAUCGACUCCCUCAGCUCAUCCAGAUGAAGCAACCAGGGAAUUGGAGCCUAAAUUAGGACGGGGGCAGAGGGGUAACAGACCUCAAAUUAGAUUUACCCCCUCCCUAUACGAUGCUCCCAGGCCGACUGCAAAAUUGGAUACUCCAGUCACGACGAGGGAAGAUGACACAAAACGUAGGGAGAAAAAUAUUUUAAAGAGCAAAAGGCCUGCAAAUGCAGACUCUGAUGAGGAAACUGCAGCAGCUUCAUUAUUUCUAAAAAAAGUAAAACAAGGAAACAAGCAAGUCACAGAUUCGAAUGACCAUGCUUGUCACGAUGCUGCUUUUGGGGACAUUGCAGAUAAGGAAAAAUCUGUGCGAGAUUUAUUAACCAAGGCUGUUGUUACAUCAUCCGAAACGCAGACUGAAGAACAUGGUGAUCCAUAUCUUGAAUUGGAACAAUUGCGCAAAGAUAACCUUAGAUUGACGAGAAUUGUAAUGGAUCAAAAAGAGGAGAUAGACGCCUUAAAAAAAUCACGUACCUCUGAAGUGAAUAAUCUCCAACCUUUACCAUACGUAGGUCCAAGCCUCGUCGAGAUUCGAAGAAUUAUUGAUGAAGCAAUUGCUCCAAUACAAAGGGACAUCAGAAUUAUUAGAAAUAAUUCUGACAAUCCCACGAAUGCAGCGUUAGAGGCAUGCGGUAGGGCCGACAGUGUGGUUUCUUGUGCUGGUGUCAACAUUUCAAAUGAUGUAUUGCAGAAAGUGAUAGGGUGUGACAAACUGUCAAGUAGGGUAACCUGCUUAUUGAGAGGCUAUUGGACAAAGGAGCAGUUGGCUAUAGCGUACUAUCAAAAACCGAAAACAGUCACUGGCAAUUAUGUUCAAGUUACAGAUAAUGAUAUAGACAAGAUUAGAAACAUUAUUCUGGAACUUCAGAUGACUGAAAGGACGAAAUUAAAAGUGGAAGAAAGCGUUUUAACUUUGUCAAAAAUAAAGUCACAUAUUUUACAGUCCUUAAAAAACGAGAGGAGAUAUUAUAAUGAUUCACUUCAGGAUGACAACUCAUCAGCCUCAACUGUUGAUUAAAAUCUUUUCUGCUCAUUUUUAGGAAGUAAAGUAUUUCCAUCCAAUGAAAAGUAAUACUUGCUUUGAGAUUCGCACAAUGGAUAAAAAGUUAUGUACAUUGAAAUCUGUACGAUAAAAAUAAUUUUCUUACCUGCGCUGAGUUUCGCGCAAUAGAAAAAUCCUUUUACUUGCGUUGAUUUUCGCGCAAUAGAAAAAUCCUUUUACUUGCGUUGAUUUUCGCGCAAUAGAAAAAUCCUUUUACUUGCGUUGAUUUUCGCGCAAUAGAAAAAUCCUUUUACUUGCGUUGAUUUUCGCGCAAUAGGAAAAUCCUUUUACUUGCGUUGAGUUUCGCGCAAGAGAAUAAGUUAAUAAUACAAAGUCCUACAGCUUGCGAUGAGUCAUCUCGCAAGAAAGUAGAACUUUCAAUUGUCCAAAUUUCUUGUGCUGAAUUUUCGCACAAAUGUCAUUGGGCAUACACUACAUUUAAUGUGAGCAAAAAUGGUGGUUUUAGUGGGUAGGUCCAACAAUGGAGAGUCCCACACUACCGUACGGUGUGCCUAAAUGCAUUUCCACCAGGAGAAAAAAAAAAAAAAAAAAAAAAAA